GUGGCAGUGAAAGUAAUUGACAAGAAAAGAGCCAAAAAGGACACGUAUGUCACCAAGAAUCUGCGACGGGAAGGGCAGAUCCAGCAAAUGAUCCGCCACCCGAAUAUUGCUCAGCUGCUGGAUAUACUGGAAACUGAAAACAGCUACUACCUUGUCAUGGAGCUGUGCCCUGGUGGCAACUUGAUGCACAAGAUCUAUGAGAAAAAAAGACUUGAGGAACACGAAGCGCGCAAAUAUAUCCGGCAGCUUAUCCUGGCAGUUGAACAUCUUCACCGGGCAGGAGUAGUUCACAGAGACUUGAAGAUAGAAAAUCUGUUGCUAGAUGAAGACAACAAUAUCAAGCUUAUUGACUUUGGAUUGAGCAACUGUGCAGGCAUCUUGGGUUAUUCUGAUCCAUUCAGCACCCAGUGUGGGAGCCCAGCAUAUGCAGCCCCUGAACUUCUGGCAAGGAAAAAAUACGGGCCCAAAAUAGACGUUUGGUCCAUUGGGGUGAACAUGUAUGCAAUGUUGACUGGAACAUUACCUUUUACUGUGGAGCCAUUCAGCUUGAGAGCUUUAUACCAGAAAAUGGUGGACAAAGAUAUGAACCCUUUUCCCACCCAGCUCUCUACAGCGGCCGUAAACUUUCUACGAUCUCUACUAGAGCCAGAUCCUGCAAAGAGACCAAACAUCCAACAGGCACUGGCAAAUCGAUGGCUUAAUGAGAAUUACCCUGGAAGAGCACCACCUAAUGUCACAUAUCCCAACAGGAUUCACCUUGAGGACCUCAGCCAAAGUGUGCUGCUCCAUAUGACCGAGAAGCUCGGCUACAAGAACAGCGAUGUCAUCAACACUGUGCUCUCAAACAGGGCAAGUCACACCCUUGCCAUCUACUUUCUACUUAAUAAGAAGCUGGAGCGCUACUUGGCAAGCCUUAGA